UGGGUCACGCGCUGAGAGUGCCGCCGUGGAACCGGCGUCCGUCCUACUGUCCGUCAAUGUCACUCCUUGUGCAAAUAGAACUUUCAGAAAAGAGUAUACAGGACGCCUGACGCGAUUCAUUCCGUGUGGGGGAAAUCAUUCUCAUCGGAGAAUGAAACAGAGCUUGGUGUAUCUGCUGGGACGUUCUAAACUACAGAAAACCGCACUGGCGUCGGUUACGUAAAACGAAACUGAAGAUUCGUGACAGGAGACGUGAAAUGAAAGCUUUAGAACGCACCUUAAGAGGGGAAAAAUAGAAUUUUCUCUUAACUGCACGACAGGUAUAGCCCCUUGCAAAAUUCCCCUCCGUCCCAGUGAACAUGGACUAUAUCAAGAAAAUACAUGAAUGUGAAGAGGUCAGUGUAUAGUUUGUUUUUACAGCUCAAACCUGUAAAAUUCACACACUAACAAAACCAAACACUGGAUACAAGACACCUAUAUACAAGAAAGAAUUCAUGGAUUUUGUGGUUUAUUGCAUAAAUGAAACUCUGAUUAACAUUCCGCAUGUAGCUUUUGUUGUGUGUACCAUACUAACAAUUUCUACUGCGUCUCUCAAGAGAAUGAAGACCAGCAAAUCCUGCCCCAGAUCCCUCUGCGGGAUCUUCCAUCCUGCGUUAGAGUAAAACGCAAAAAUCCUUUUUAGAAUUCAUCAGGAUACUCAACUCUGUAUUCAGAGAGAAAGAGAAAGGCGCAGCUCCAUCAAAAGCCAUCAUGUGCAAAUGAAGUGAUUGAGAGCCCUUCUGCAACUUCUUCACCAACCUCAUCAUCACCUUCACCUACACAGUGAUGAUUUGAAAGAGGGUCUUCCUUUGCAGCAACUAAACCUCUAAAAGGGCCAUAGAUAAGCAGGAGAAAGGUAGAGUGGUGAGGUGAGGAUGGUGCUGGUGGAACUGCUAGCGGGUCUUGGAGGCUUGGUGAAGGUGAAGCACAAGGCCGAUGUUGAUAGUGCCGUUUUCAAGCUCCACUAUCGCCUCACUGCCACUAUGCUCUUCAGUUUCUGCCUCCUCGUAACUGCCAACGCCCUGGUGGGCGAUCCCAUACACUGUGUCCAUGAUGAAAACCCGAAGCUGCAGGACAAAGUCGUCAACACGUACUGCUGGAUCCACACCACUUUCACUCUCCCCAGGCACAUAGACAAGGGAUACGGCAAAGGGACGGGUAUCGUAUACCCUGGCGUGGGGCCGCAUACUUCUUCCGAUUCUCGAAUCUACCACGCCUAUUACCAGUGGGUACCUUUCGUCCUCUUUCUCCAGGGUUUGAUGUUCUACGCACCUCAUUGGCUAUGGAAGACCUGGGAGGGAGGGAAACUCGAGUCUAUCGUGAUGGGUCUUUCAGUACCUGUGAUGAGCAAAGACGAGCGACACGAGAAGAUCCAGCUCCUGGCCGACUACCUGCGGUCCUCCAUCCACCACCACAACUUUUACGCCAUCAAGUUCUUCUUGUGUGAACUCCUCAAUCUGGGGAACUCAAUCUUCAACAUCUGGUUCAUGAACGAGUUCUUAGGGGGGAUGUUCUUCACUUACGGCAUUGACGUCCUCCGAUUCACAGAAACCAACCAAGAAGACAGAACCGAUCCUAUGAUUGUGGUGUUCCCAAGGGUCACCAAGUGCAACUUUAAUAUGUACGGCCCUUCGGGGUCGAUCGAGACCCACGACCUCAUGUGCGUCCUCGCCCUCAACAUCAUUAACGAAAAGAUUUACGUCUUCCUAUGGUUCUGGUUUGUUAUCCUGGCAAUCAUCAGCGGUCUUGCCCUUCUGUACCGCCUCAUAGUCCUGUGCAUUCCUGCGAUCAGGGUGGGGCUGCUCCAGAAGAGGGCGAGACUGCACUACAAGACCGGACUUGACGUUGUCUCGAAGAGACUCCAGAUGGGAGACUUUUUCUUGCUGUACCUUUUGAGCAAGAACCUCGAGCUCUUGUCCUUCAGCGCUCUGAUCGAAGAAUUUGUUGCGAGGCUGGGCACUCGUCGGGUGCACCCUGACCUUGAGGUCUCAGCUCCCCCUGCCAGUACCGAGCGAUUUCACUUGAUCAAUGAGCACGCGUGACACCUGUUGCUGCCGGGACACGCCUGUUCUCAGUGUGAUCAUCUGCGAGAUCAGAAAAUUGUCUAAGUGUCCCCCUUCACAAUGUACGCAAUAUUCAUCUAUAUGAUACUGGUACCGUGAGAGUUGAGAUUGUUCUCUUGCUCGAAUAAUUUGAGUAUAACAAGCAAGCAAAUCGUUCUACAUGUUGAGGGAGCAGCUGUCAACAGGCUGGAGCUACCUUUUGGAUGUACAUGCCCAUUAGCAAUAAUGACCGGGUCAAAAUCAAUUCUAAGUUAAGAGAAAGUAAUCUGAGUAUCGAUAGCUACAUGGAUGUUGCACCUUUUCUGAGAGGAGGCUUCAACUACUCAAUGGUAGGCAUUUGAUACACUGGGAUGGAUAUUGUACUUGUGACCAAAUGCAGCAGCACAGAUCCAUGAGGGAUAUUUCUCGCAAAUUAUUGCAAUGAACUCAACACGACAUUGCAUUCACACUGAGAACAUGUUUUGGCAGAUGGUUUUACAAAAUAGCCACAAACAGGCAAAAAGCUAUGACAUGAAAGCACUGGCAACAACGAAUCUCAAAGCAAAAAUACCCCUGGUAUUUUUUAACAUCUUGCAAUGAAUACCUCGAUGGUACCUAACCCAGAAUUCUAUAUGCAUAUUAUAAAUGAAGUGACAUAAAUAAUUGAUUUAUAUUAAUGGUGUUCUUGAUAUACAAGUAUAUAUUAUAUUUCGUAUGUUUCCUUUGAAUUAAUGAUGACCUAUUAUUACAGAGAAGUAAGAUUAAUCCUUUUAAUGGUGACAGGAACUUUCAUCAUUGCACUUUAUAUAUAAAGUGAUGAGCAACAGACAGGAAACUGGCGAUGCAAACUGACUCUGUAGUUCCCACAACCAACGGAGAAGAAUCAGUUCUGGACAAUAACUGGUUUUGUCCAUCAGGCCAGAACAGAAUUUCCAAGAGAAUUCCUUUUACUCAUUUGCAUACUUACCAGUUUAUGGUGAGAUGGUCGAGGCUAGUGUACAGUAUUAAUUUUAGGUGGAAAUAGCUGUAAGAUGUUUUGAGCAUGUUAUGUUAUAUUUAUUUAAACUAGAAAUGAACUUGUCGGGCCACAAUAUAUUCAAGGAAUUGCUGUUUCUCUCGAGACAUAAAAAUGAUUUUGUUGACCUACUAUGUUUCUGUCAUAAUGACAGGUUAACUGGAUUUUAGCAUUAAGGUGACUAAGGAUGGUGUGUGCGUGUAUAUUUUUAUACAAAUGGCUUAAAUUUUUCUGGGCAUUUCCCUAGUUUUAGCUGUAACGAUAGUCAUUUCUUCAGAUGUAUUGGUGUGUGGUAAAGGUAAACAAUAGCAACACCGAUUGUACCAAAUGCUUGAGGAACUUGGUUAAUGUAUGGGUGAAGUGUCAAGUAGAAAAAGAACUGCGGUUUGUCAGGAGGUCAUAUUAUAUCUGACGCACAUAUGCGAAAUGUUGUAAUGAAAUUCCAGAAAUGUUCUGAGGAUGUCUGACGUAUCAAAUGAUUAUUUGACAGAAGUUCUCAAAUAAUUUGGCAGUUUUUAAGUUAUACAAUUUUUUUCAAUUUCACUGAUGUUAUGAAUGAUGAACGUUGUGCAUUUUUAUCCUUUCCCGGUUUAUUUUUCUCUCAAUGAACAAUAGAGCGGAGUUUUUGAAAUUCCUUAAAUAAAAGCUUAUAUUAUUUAAAAUUUAUACUAACAAAAAAAUAAUAAAUAAAUAAAAAUGCAAAUUGAAUUUCUCAAAGUUUCGUUUUAAACUUUCACCACCAUACCGAAAAUCAUUCACGCUUCAAUACAGUUGAAUUCACGGAAAACGCGUUUUGAGAAAAAUCAAUCUAAAAUUUAAUGAACUUUUAAAAGUUAAUUAACUUUUAAUUUAAUUAACUUCUUCACUUUCCUCCAACCAAAGAGCAGUAGUAUUCUGAGCACAUAAUCUUGACGACUGAGGUCCUUUUUAAAAAGCACACCGCCAAACAAUGACUGAAUGAAAAUGUCGUACGGGAAAGGAAAACUUAAAAAAAAAAAAUGCGUGAAUGGUGGAAUUUAUACGUCGAAUUUGUAAACUAUCCUCGAAAAGGGUCGUUCUUGUAUACCGAUCUAAGGGGCAAGGUGUGAGCAAUCUGCAAAAAAUAUCUCGUGCCUGCCAUUGGUGACAUUUGGAUUACUGGAAAAUGACGGAAACAGAAUUUUGAGAUUUGCACCCCCCAAAAUUUUUUUUUUUUUUUGUACUGCUAAUAUGACCUUCAGUGUAACGCAUCCCACCAUAGCAAUUACUUGUACAGAAGAAAAGAAGCUGAUAACUAGCAGAAAGCUCCAACUAAAAUGAGACAGGAAACAAAAAUAAUCGAGUACAGGGACAUCUACUCCUCUCAAAAAAAAAUUCAGGCAAUAGUUAAUUUUAACACAUCAACAUCGUUCCAUAAAAGCUAAAAUCGGAAGAAUUUAUUUUUGCUAAUGAUUCAAAUAUACGAGAAAUAUCUGUCGAGGGAAUCAUGAUUAUAAAACACUUUUUCGCGCAAUUAAUAAUUGUCUCGCUUAUGAAAGAUUAUCUCCGAUAAUCAUUCAAGUGUUCAUUGAAGAUUUGCUAAACAGGGUAGAUAAAAAUACUAAAAUACUCUGUACAUUGGUGAUACUUGUUGAUCGAGGAGUGAUUCUUCAAAUGUGUAAGAAAUUCAUGAAAAUUUCUAGGUAAUCUUAGGUUGCUUUUAACCUGACAGAAGUUAAGAAACUUUUUUUUAAUUUUAAAUUGGUAAUGCUAUAGUUUUUCAAGUAAAAAAAAAGUAGUACUGAGGUAAAGGACUAUGCUUUAGUAAUUAAUUAUAUCAGCUAUAGGGAAUCGCAAUCAUAGAGUGAUUACCGUAAAUGCGUUUGAACGUAUGCACACAUAAAUGCGACCGCAUACACACAAGCCCCACAUUUUGUUUUUAGUUAUGUGGAGAAGCCUCAUAAAAAACUAACAAAAUAUAAAAAAAAAACAUCAAAAAUGGAAACAAAUAUAAAAUAUUACUGAAAAAAGUAGAGGUAACCAUUUAUAACACCUGACACGUACAUGAACAAAGCAGAUUGCUUUUUCCGAUCUCUGCGUAAAUCAGUUCCUAUUCAUAAAACUCUGAUGAUAAUAACAUUUAAAGGUGCCGUAGUUUUUGAAGCGACGGUUCAACAAGUUCGUGUAAUCCCUUACGAAAGGGCAGCAGGAAUGCGUCUGGGAAAGUAUUUUUUGCCUUUUAAUGGUACGACAUGGUACCACGAUGAAGGUCCUCAAUUGUUUAAGAUGGUAUAUAGGCAUCAUAGAGUUUCAAGGAAGAAGUUUCCGAAAAUGUCCUAAUAGUUGUAAUCCCCGACGUGACGCUUCCUUAUACAUACAGCAAAUGUCAAAAGCAGCCUGCUCCGAGGUCUCUUUCCUUAGGUCGGGGACCUCAGAUCAGUUUGCGAAAUACUGUUCAUUCCGCUUACCCCGUAGAGACCGCCGUGAGCUCAAGUCAGGAAGGGUUUUGCAUAAGAAAAGCAGUUGGUAUUAGUAAACUGCAGUAGCAAAAGUAGUUGAAAGAUAAGGAUAGCCGAAAGGGCCUUUGGUUUGUAUCUAAGAUAUGAUAAAAUUGUGUAAUCGUUUUCGAAUUACACCGGACUCGAAACACUAGAAUUAUAUGUUAACAAUCUUUAUUUGAGUUCAAGUCACAUUAAAUGAUUUGUAUAUAUGGCUCACGCAUUAGUAAUGUAUUGAAAUCAAUAAAUAUGAAAAUCAUG